ACACACACACACAUCCGCCAGACAAAUAUCAAUUUGAUGGCAAAUUCCGAUAAUUGUUUUGACGCAAUUUUUUGGCAGCUAAUUUAUUUUGUGCCGAGACUAAUGCGUAAUCCAAAUGGUGUUAAGAUUGAUAGACAAUCAAUAUAUCAUGCAGAAUAAUAAAAUGUUUCAUGUUUAAUUCAACCACUGGAAAUAAUUAUGUCAAUCGGAAUGACGCAGAACAAGUGCUCGUACCAUCUAGUGAAACGGUGCAUUUGCUAUUGUUAUUUUUAUGUGCGAAUGCAAACUGCAUGCCAUUGCAUUGUAUGACUUUUAUCCGAUUUAAUCUGAAAAUGCGAGCACCGAUUCGAAUUACGAUAAGGUAAAGUUAUUGUCAAGAAUUCCACCAGUUCGAAUUUGGAUUACAAAAGGAAAAAAAAGAUUGCAAAUAUCAGCCAAAAUAUAGACGACGAAACUGAACAACAACAACAACAGCAUAACGGUGAAAUCCAAUUUUCGAGCAGAAGAAGAACUGCCAGGUUUGUGUGAUACACGUGAGAAAAACACUUGGCAACGGAUAAACAACACAUUGUAAGCGUUGCAUUCGCUGUCUGUUGUAUCAAUAGAGUAAGAACAAGGGGGUUGCCUGCGAUGGGUGUCAACAACAAUUUGCAACACCGACACACACACACACACACUACAAAUCCUAUUAUUUGGUCUGUUUUUGCACACAUCACCUAACAAACGGCGGCACCACAUCAUUCAAAAUAUUUACAGAGAUGUAGUCGAGCCCAUGGAAAAGGCCCCCGAGUCAUGAAACUUUUCAAUAUGCAGACGUAUAUAGAAUAACAAUAUAUGCAAUUUUUCACUUUCGUCGAUCUAUUUUGCGAGGUUUGAUUUGUUGCUUUUCUGUUUUCGACUUUGAUAUUUUUGUGAUAAAAGUUUGGGUUGUUUUUUCUCCCGAUUGUUCGUUCGUUCGUUCAUUGGUUUUGUCUGCACUGGCUGUAAACCACUAAGAAAAUGGCUUCGUGCAAACAAUCAUUUAGUUGUCUUGUUUCAACGUUAAGUUUUGCAUUAUAGCUUUCGGUGUGCUUAUAAAAUAUAUAUUAAAUAAUAGAAAUAUAGUCAAUAACCACUUAUUUGUUAUUAGAAAAGUAUGUGGAAAAUACAAAAAAAAAACCAAGUAUGAGAAAAUCACAUGAAGCUUCGCUAAUCAACAAAUAGUUUCAGACAAAUAAUAGGCAAAAUUUGACAAGGAGAAACAAAAAAAACACAUACACCACGUCAACAAGAGACGUAAAGAAAAUAAGUAAAAUACGUCAAGAAUACUAUAAAUAUAUAUCGGGUGAGCAGCUCAUCGAUGUUUGCAAAGAUGUUAGAAUCAAAUGUGAUUUCGAACGGUGACUGCACACGAUGGCGUCCCAAUCGAAUACACGGCAAUCGAAUACCCGCAAAAGCUUACAAACGGCCAGUUUGAAAAGUCGUGGUGCUAUGAUAAUGAAGAGUGUAACGAUUUUGAUAGUCAAUAGCCGGCGUAUCUGUAACCAACGCAGCAAAGAAACAACCACGAAAAAUGGCAAAAGUGGUAAAAUUCGUAAUCGACCAAACAAAAUGGACGACGCGAUCGGCAAACCAACGCCAAAAGUAUUGGAAUCGUUAAAACGGAAAACGCAUUUUUCCAAGAAGGAGCUAACGAUUUUGUGUAAAAUCUAUCGAAAACUUGUUCUCAAUUGUUACAAUCCGAAUAGCAAGGGGAAAACGGGUAUGAGUACAGUUAUAUCAAGGCCACAUGCUGCAGCUGAGGGUAUCGAUCGAAAUGUGUUUCGCGAACUGUUACACAGUACGUUUGACAUAUCGGCUGAAGAGACCUUGAUGGAACGAAUAUUUACGUCAUGGGAAAAGGGUUGCGACGGAUUACCGCUGCGAUUGGAAAGUUGGAUUUGUGGCAUUUCGGUAUUUUUACGCGGUAAUUUAUUCGAAAAGGCGAAUUUUUGCUUUCGUGUUUAUGACUUGAACACCGACGGUUUUAUCACGAAAGACGAAAUGUUUGCAUUGAUGAAAAAUUGCCUAAUUAAGCAACCACAAGAUGAAGAUCCUGAUGAAAGUGUAAAAGACUUGAUGGAAAUUGCCCUACGUAAAUUCGAUAUUGACAAAGAUGGGAAAAUUUCGUUUCAGGACUAUUUGACAACGGUUACGGCAGAGCCAUUACUUUUGGAAGCAUUUGGCCAGUGCUUGCCAUCGGAAACGGCCACAAUUUCAUUCUUGACUGCAUUCCAAAAUUAACACAUAAAUUCGAAUGGUG